AUGGCUGACGAGGAUGUUAUACGUAGACGGCUGUUAAUCGACGGCGAUGGUACUGGAGAUGAUAGAAGACUGAAUGUCUUGUUAAAAACUUUAAUUAAAUGGUGCAAUGCUACUGACGAAAAACCAGAAGAUAGUAAAUCAACUCAUGACCGAAUGUUAGCACAACUAGCUCAGUGUGAGUUUGCUGUAACAAAAUCUCAACUAGGUGCGGAUAUGAUGGCAGCAGAGCUAAAAAGCUAUGAAAACUUAUCUAAGAUUCUUGAGGAUGGCAUAGAAGUAGCCAAAACGACUAUUGAAAAGAGCAAAGCAGAUCUCGCACAAGCCAAAACGGUCAGGAAAAACCGAAUUGAGUAUGAUGUACUAGCAAAAGUUAUCAGUGAGCAACCAGAUAGAAAAGAGACCCUAGAACAACUGAGUACUUUGAAAAAUGAGUUAAGUACAUUAGAAACGUCAAAACAGCAACUGGAAAGUAAAUUAGCGUCAAGGAAAAAGCAAUUCCACGUCUUAGUCACUUCAAUACACCAACUACAAGCCCUAUUAGAUGAACCUGAUGAUAUAGAUCUCAAUUCUGAGGAUGUUGAAAUGAAAGAUGCAAGUGAAUUAUAA